ACAACCGCAUAACACGAAAUUUUAUUAAAACAUUGUGGACUUCAAUUACAUUUACCUAAAAUAAUACCAAUAAAUUAUUAAUUUACCAUUAAAUACAUUUUAAUAGCCGCACAAUAUGACAGACGUUGCAGCGGAGUCAAUCGAUAAAGAGCUUGCUUCGAAUGUUGAAAAUCUUUCCCUAUGCCAAGAACAAAAACUAGAAAAACAGGAAACUAAGAAAAUUGAUAUAAUCCUACAUGCAACUGGUAGUGCUCCAAUACUCAAACAAAAGAAGUGGGCUGUUGAUCAGGAGAAGCCCAUCAGCGCGAUUAUUAAAUUCAUUCAUAAGUAUUUGAAACUGGAGCCGGGAGAGAAACUGUUUUUGUACAUUAAUCAAACGUUUGCUCCCUCGCCGGAUCAAAUAAUCAAGAACUUGUAUGAAUGCUACGGAUCAAACGGAAAGCUGGUGCUUCAUUACGCUAAAAGUCAAGCAUGGGGUUGAGAGACAAUCACAUCGUGUUACAUUUAUCUGUCGGACCCAUUUUUCCCGUAUUAUUCUAAGUCAUUCGUUAUAAGUUCGAAAAACUGAUUAACAAAAUAUAAAACAUUUUACUGAUCGA